UGUGUGUUGUUUCUUGUUGGAUUUAAGUGACAUGGGAUUUUGGUAACAUUACUUAAUUUAAGCCCGAAGAUGUCUGCCGCGGGGGUGGUAAACAAGGCCUUCGACGCUGGCGACGAUGGCUUUCACACCAUCGACCUGCGACCACGCCGAGAGGACGCACAGGCUACAAUGCGUGAAUCAGAACCGGAACCCGAACGGCAGACAGGAUCCGGGCCCGAACUGCGGUGCGGUUGGGGCGCGCUGCGACCGUGCUGGCUGCAGCGGUUCCGGACCGCGAAAUGGGCGCUUUUCUGGCUCUGCUGGGCCGGCGCUGUUCAGGGUAUGGUGGUGAAUGGAUUUGUGAACGUGGUGAUCACAACCAUUGAGAAGAGAUUCGGGCUGAGGUCAAUGCAGACGGGAGUUAUAGCCGGAGGGUACGACAUGGCCUCAUUCAUCUGCCUAGCCCCUGUGACCUACCUGGGCGGGCGGCAGGGCGCCUCGAAGCCCCGAUGGCUGGGCUGGGGCGCCCUGAUCAUGGGCGCGGGCUCGCUCAUGUUCGCGCUACCACAUUUCCUGGUGCCGCCCUACAGGGCCGCUCACAGGGAGCAACUGGACGUCUGCCACGGGAAUACUACCGUGUCAUCCUACCUCUGCGAGGAAAGCGGUCCAUCAGAAGGCGGGUCCUGGGCGGUGGCCAUCUUCGUUGUCGCUCAACUGCUGCAUGGUGCUGGUGCCACGCCACUCUUCACUCUGGGAGUUACUUACAUUGAUGAGAACGUUUCGAAGAAGAUGUCGUCAGUGUAUCUCGGUGUGUACUACACAAUGGCUGUGGUGGGCCCAGCACUGGGCUACGUGGUGGGCGGGCAGAUGCUCAAAAUCUAUACGGAUUUCGUUACUGUGGAUUCCGAAGCUCUCGGCAUAACUCCAGUAAGCUCCGUGUGGAUCGGCGCGUGGUGGAUAGGGUUCCUGUUAUCAGCACUUCUCUGCCUCAUAGUGGCAGUUCCACUGCUGGCUUUUCCCUACGAGCUCCCAGGUGCCGAAGAAAUACGCAACUCCAAAGUCUCCGAAGCUCACGACUCAGCCUCCAAAUCCGCCGCGUUCAGCUCCCUCCGCGAGCUGCCUCGAGCGGCCACAGCCCUACUCCGGAACCCCACGUUUCUGUUCCUGAACCUGGCCGGCGCUAGCGAGGGCAUGCUAAUAUCCGGCUUCGCCGCGUUCCUGCCCAAGCUGAUCGAGAACCAGUUCGCGGUUAGCGCGUCUGAGGCUGCUCUGUUGUUAGGUGUCAUCACAGUCCCUGCGGGUGGAGGUGGGACGUUCCUCGGAGGCUGGCUGGUGAAACGCUGGAACCUCGCUUGUGCCGGCAUCAUCAAGUUAUGCGUGGCUGCAACGUUGGUCGCUGCUGCCUUCACGUUUAGCUUCGUGCUGACGUGUGACGACUAUCCCUUUGCUGGCGUGACUGUGGGAUAUAACUCCCCCAGUGUGGCUGGCUCGGACCGACUGGCGGCGGCUUGCAACACCAACUGCGGGUGCUCCGGGUCGGCGUUCGCGCCCGUCUGCGGCGCCGACGGCCUCGUCUACUACUCGCCCUGCCACGCAGGCUGCAGCACGGGCGUGCUGGCUGGGGCAGCACAGUUGUACAGCGACUGUGCUUGCAUCGGCAACGGGACUUCCUUGUACAGUGUUCCAGAUUCGAACGUGUCAGUCCCGUACGAAGCCAUCAACAGCAUCUGCAGCUCGUCCUGCCCUUAUCUGUGGCUGUUCGUGUUCCUCUCCUUCUGUGUCAUGCUUUUCACUUUCAUAGCUACCAUGCCUGCUCUUUCUGCCACACUGAGAUGCGUACGCGAAGACCAGCGUUCAUUCGCCCUCGGCAUCCAAUGGAUCAAGGUCCGUCUGCUCGGCACCAUCCCGGCUCCACUACUCUUUGGAUUCCUCAUUGACCUGUCAUGUUCAUUGUGGGCGAGAACCUGCGACCGCUCUGGGGCUUGUUUGCUUUAUGAUAACUACAAUAUGAGCAGGUACAUGCUAGCCCUAGCCCUCCUAGGCAAGCUCUGUUCUCUUCUCUUCUUCUUCCUAGCCUGGUGGUUCUACAGACCGCCGGGCGGCAAGACCGGCAACGCCGUCGUACCUUCUGUAGACCUUGUGGUCUGCGCCGAGAAGACCAACGGAGUUGCCAACGGUAAUGUUGCCAACGGGGAUAAAGUGGGCAACGGGUAUUGUAACGCGGCGUUAGAGUGUAGUGAGCAUUUGUAAGACUAUUGGUUGGUAAAGGACUUUUUAGGUAGACUGGCUUGGUAAUGGAAGUUUAGAUAUUCUGAUUUUGGCACUCUUUGAUACGGAUAGCCUUUGUGCUAUUUUAUA